UAGUAUAUAAUUCGGUUCAUCCAUGAAUUGGAAAUUCGAAUUUUUAACGUAGCGAUCUUCACCGCUGCCAUUGUAAUAAGAUCAUUAUUUUAUUGCUGUUGAUCGUUAUGGUAUUUCUUCGAGAAGUUACGAAAUGUCAUUUGGUAUUUAUCACUACGCCAAACCUCAUAAUGAAAGACGACAUGGUGAUGAUCAACUUAAAACAGAUUAGGCUAAAUUCAAACCCCAAACACAAUAAUUUUGUAUGUUUUAACCUUCGUAGUCUCGCAGGAUAUGAGUCUUUACUUAAGCGCUACAAGUUAUCUGUUUCACACAUACUUCUAGUCUACUAUUUAUGCAACUUUUUAUGCGCAGCAUCGUUACCAGCAGUAAUCCCUUUAGGUGCUAUUUUUACAGAAGAUCAACGAGAUAGUAGCAUUGAAUAUGCAUUCAAAUAUGCCGUGUAUCGUGUAAAUAAGGAAAAAUUUCUAUUAUCAAAUACACAGCUUAUUUACGAUAUAGAGUAUGCUCCGCGGGAUGAUUCAUUUCGGACAACUAAGAAAAUUUGUCGACAAGUGGAAUCAGGUGUCCAGGUCAUUUUUGGGCCAUCAGAUCCUUUGCUUUCAGAUCAUGUGCAAUCAAUAUGUGAAUCGUUUGGUAUUCCACACAUCGAGUCUCGCAUUGAUUUAUAUGGUAGCACUAAGGAAUUCUCUAUUAAUCUAUACCCUUCACAGCGACUUAUGAAUUUGGCUCAUAGAGAUUUGAUGGUUUUUUUAAAUUGGACGAAAACUGCUAUACUCUAUGAAGACAAUUUGGGUAUUUUCAAUCAUCAAGAUCUGGUUCAUGUAACCGCAGACAUACGAACAGAACUAUACAUUCGUCAGACGUCACCGAAAACUUACCGUCAAGUUCUACGAGCGGUACGAAUGAAGGAUAUUUAUAAGAUUAUUGUAGAUACAAAUCCUACAAAUAUAAAUGCUUUCUUUCGAGCAAUUCUUCAACUACAGAUGAAUGACCAUCGCUAUCAUUAUAUGUUUACAACAUUUGAUAUUGAAAUUUUUGACCUGGAAGACUUCAAAUAUAAUGGUGUUAACAUUACGGCCUUUCGCCUAGUAGACGUGGAAAGCCAACGCUAUAAAGAAGUUAUCGAACAAAUGAAAAAAUUACCUCAUAGCGGAUUGGACUACAUAAAUGAGAAGCCAUAUAUACAGAUGAUGCCGUCGAAGUUACGUCUGUGCCUGUGCCUGAUACACCAUCGUCACCGUCAAGACAAUUAUCGUCACCAAUACCAACUUUUUCCAAAGAUGACCCUGGAGCCUAGCCAGAAGUUUUAAGCGCUACUUUGAUCCAGUAUUUAAUAGAAAAUCCGAUUAAACAAAUUAAACAGUAUAA